AUGACUGCUCUGUUCUUCCUAUCGCUGCUCUUCUUAGUCACAUCAGGCUGCGACCCUGGCACAUUUUCCAGUGACCAGAAAUGAAUGCCCUGUCAUUCUUCAUGAAAGGAGUGCAUGAAUGGGACUGAAUGUACAGGGUGUGAAGAGCAUAUGUUUUUGAAUACUACAACUGGGUUAUGACAGUUUUGACCCGAUGGAGAGUUUUACGAUGGGACUAUUACCAGAGGGUGAAGAAGCUGUGAAGGAUCGUGAUUUGGGCAAUGAGGGUACAGAGAGAUCUGUUUUAAGUGAACUGAUGGAAAAGCGUUUGAUCUUGAUAAAUUUGGGAAUGAUGAAGGUGACCCUGUUUGAGUUGCAGCAUGUGAUACUAGUAAAAAGGAGGUCACCGACCCAACUAAUUAUAAUGUCGACAAGUUUUGACGAAGUCCUAAAUUUUAUAUCGACCCUUCAUAUGAAGACCAAAUUGAACUAGGGACUAUAACUCAUCCUUACAGAACUGUUAAUCCUGUAUUUGAUGAGAUCUUGCUUCAUUUUUCGAACUCUGAAAGUGACGUAAAGGUGUAUAUAAAGGAGGGCACUACAAAUUUCAUUGAAGAUUCCAAGAUUUUUAUAAUAAACAUGACAUCAAUCGAGAUUACUACUUACAACGACACAUCAGCACCAGCUGGGUAUGCGACCAUUUACUCAACUGAUCAAGCACAGACUGAAAUAAGCAUGAAAGCUGCAUUUAACUUGAUGAAAGAUGUUACUGUUGAUCUAUCUACUAUUACUGCAGGGCAAGGGUUUAGUGACUAUGAGCUUCAGAAAAUAGGAACUUCUGGAGCAACAUUUGAGGCCACUAGGACAUCAAUAACUAUUUCCCAUUUCGUUGGAAGAAGGAUAGCUGCUUCAACACAAUCAGGAGUAUUUGCAUCAUUCAUCUACCUUCAGACUAAGACAUUUACACUGAAGAACAUUGAUUUUUACCUGUCAGGAACUUUAGUGAACACUAAUGAUCCAGCCAAUAUCUUCAUAGAGAACAUUUACAUUGACACAUAUGCUCUUGCAGGCGGGUUUAUGAUGGUGACUCUCUGUAAUUAUCCAGAAGCUUAUUUAACUCCCCAAGUGACAAUGAACAACAUUACAUAUGACACUUCUCAUUUAGAUGAAGUGUUCACAUCGAGGCCUAUAAGCUACUUGUAUUCUGGGCCAGGCAACUUCAGUGGAUACAAUUGGAAUUUAACAAAUAAUUUUCAUUUAGUUUCUCUAGGAUCACCCAGUGGAAUGGUCCAGGCAGCUGAGGUAUGCAAUUCAGAUGAUGGAGCUCUCCGGACAGUAAAUUUAGAUACCUUAUACAUCUCUAUUCCUCAAACUAGUAGUCUUAGCCGCAUGAACGCAUGGGGAGUAGAGUUUACUGCGGAAGUAGGGAGAAUUCAUCAUAUUAAUAUAUCUCAUAUGUAUAUUAAAGACUUCAUUGAUCCAAUUUAUGCUGCCUUUGGAGGAGGCUUCACCUCUAACGAUGUAAUUCAUGUUACCGAUGUUGAAGCAUCAAAUUAUAAUGCUAAUCUUGGACUUAUUUUCGCUCAACAACCAGGGCAUAUAACCUUUAAGAAUAUGACUUUCAGAGAUGUCUCUUCUGGAGCCAACCCAACUUUUGGAUUAAUUUUUGCAGGAUACUCACGAUUUGAAAAUAUUAGAUUUGAGAACUAUACAGGGUCCCAGCAACCUAUUGGAGCUGUAAUUUCUACUCAAUCUGCUCUGACAAAUGUAUCAAUGGAGAAUAUUGAAAUUAUGAACUGAAAUUUUCAGAAGCAAAAAUUUUUCCAGGUAUCAAUAUCCAUAACAGACAUUACUCUGAAAAAUAUUAGUUUUAUCAAUACAACAGUUGAUGCAGAUGAACAUAUUUUCUUCCUAAAUAGCAUCCAGCAGCUACAAGUAGAUGGGGUUUAUUUGUCUGGCUUAAAACCAAAUGAUUUGAAUGAUGAGAAUACUGCAUUUAUCACAAUCAACACUCUUGAUUUAAAUACUUCAACGAAUUCUACAAUAUCGAAUGUGGUGUAUGAGAACUCUUCGAUUUAUCCUGUCCAGUUAUUGACAAUGACAAAUUCGCCUCCUUCUAAGAAGUUGAUAAUAUUUGAGGACAGUGUGUUUAAAGAUAGCCAGAUUUCCUCAGAGAAGGCUAUUCUCACUAUGAAUAAAGCAAAAACUAGUCAUGAUAUUGAGGUGUCCCUUAAAAAUCUUACUUUCUCAAAUAUAAAGUUUGAUUCGAGUGGGUAUCUAUUGCUGUUGAACCACCAAUUUGUGAACAAUCUGACUGUCUCAAACUGAGUUUUUGAGAAUAUUGAAAAUGGGUAUAUUCUCAUAACAACUCCUACAGUUAGUGAUACCAGUAUUUUUACUCGUGUUAACAUGGACAACAUCACUGUAAACAAUGUCAAAGAGUCCACUAACUCCUUCAUCACAUUGACAGAGCAAGGCAAGACAUACAUUACAGGGUCAAGAUUCACUAAUGUGUACUCAUUCUCUGAUGGAGCUGUUAUUUCAGGAAGAGCAUCAAGAGCUGAGAUUGACAUUGAAAAUUGAUCUUUUCUCAAUAAUACAGCACAUAAAGGGGCUGUAAUUUUCCUUUCUGACAAAAGUUAUCUAAAAUGAACUAAUUGAACUUUUAGCAAUAAUUUUGCUAUCAUUAGUGGAGUUGCGGAAGUUACUUUGGAUGGAUAUUUUGAAUUUUAUCAAACACAAAUAUCAAAUAAUUAUGCUAACAGUGAUCCUAUAUCACUUAUUCUGGAUAGCGCUUCGUUGUCAAAAGUCAGUAAUUGAUCAAUUUAUGGUAAUGAGGCUUUGUCUAAAGCUCAGCUAGUUCAGGAAUUUGCAACUUGAUCAAAACUUUGUUUCAUCUCUACUGAAUAUAAAACUUAUUCAGAUAAUAACUUUGCUGCUUCAAUCAUUGAUAAUGCAGAAGACCAAUUAUUCCAAGUAAUUUCAGGAUCUCUCUCAAUUCUUAGUAAUACUAAAAUCUAUGAUCAGUCAAUCAUCAUAAACGCUUUUGUGUCAACCAUCACAUUUGAGGACUCUCUUAUUGAGAACAUUACUUUUGGGAAGACGAGCAUACAGUCUGUGUUCACCACUCUGACUCUCAACAGAAUGACUAUUCGGAACUUGGAUAAUACAGCAGACACAGACUUCAUUCUUGUUAUGCUGGAUAGUAGUUUUGUGGUAUCAGACCUGAACUAUUCAUCUUCUAAUUCGAUCUUGUUUGUAGUAAGAACUUCAUCAAUAGAUAUCAAAACCAUAAAUUUUGACAUGAUCACUAAUGCGACUAAGUUAGGAGAAAUUGCUGAUUGCUACAAUUCAACCAUUGACGGGAUACAUUCUUCAAACUCCGAAGUAACAAGUGAUUACUUAUUUUCUUUGGACACUUCCAACAAUAUUACUUUAAAGAACUUUUAUUUGUCAAAUUCAGUUUCUUCUGUAGUAAAGAUAAGAAAGUCUAAUAUUGCUCUAAUUGAUCAGAUAGAUAUUAAAAAUUGAUCUGAAGGAUUUCUGAUUCAAUUAAGCACAAUAAACUUGGUCCAAAAUUCAAUAUUCCAUCAAAAUGGGAAAUCAAAUCUGUUAUUGGGUGGUGGAAUCCAAAUGGAAGACUCAUCAGUUUCCAUCAGAAAUUCAACCUUUUCGAAUAAUAUUGCUUAUGUGGGAGGAGCUAUUUAUUUCAGCUGUUCAUCUACUGUUCUUUGUUAUCUGAAUCUUUCAAACAACACAUUUGAACAUAAUAGUGCAUCAUUCAAAGGUGGAGCUCUUUAUUAUGACUACUCGAGGCCAAUAUUUGGAGACUCUCUUGUUUAUACAAACAACACUGCCAAUUACGGAAAUAAUAUUGCAAGCUAUGCAGUUAAAGUAACUUUUGCAAAUGACUCAAGAGCUCCUUUGAAACUAAAUGAUUUCGGAUCAGGGCUUGCUUAUCCAGAAACAUUGAACUUUGCAGUCAGAGAUUAUGACGAUCAAGUCAUGAACCUAAACAGUCAGGAUCAAAUUAGAAUGUCAGCAACAAAUUCCAAAACAACAGAAGUCAAAGGGUUCAAUUCAGCUCCUCUCAGAAAUGGUAUUGCAGAAUUUGACAAUCUAAUUGUGGUUGCAGAGCAAGGUUCAGACGAAAUUCAAGUGACUGCAACAUCCAAUGCUAUUGACCAAAAUAGAAUACAGCAGAUUUUUGGCUCUCAAAUAAGCUCGAACAUAAUCACCUGAAACAUUAGAUAUUGAAAGCCAGGAGAAUUAGCAGAAGGUAAUAUCUGAAGAGAAUGCUCUCCUGGAACAUACUCUCUUGAGUGGAGUAGCUCAACUUGAGAGCAAUGAAUGGAAGAUGUUGUGUGUGAAGGCGGAUCAGAGAUCAAUGUAAACUCAGGAUUUUGGAGAGAAACUCUAAACUCUACCUCUAUCGUAGAAUGUGAGAACAAAGAUGCAUGUAAUGGAGGGUAUGUUGAUGACUAUAAUCAACCAACCAAAUGUGCUACUGGAUACAAAGGAAAAUUAUGAUCAAAAUGAGAUCUAACGCAAGAUUCAAAGUUCCAGCAAACCAGUGAAUUUGUCUGCCAAAAAUGACCAAAUGCAACAAUGAAUGCAAUUAGAGUAUUUGGAGCUGUUAUAGGUGUAUUCAUAUUCUUUAUGAUUAUAAUUUUUGUUAAUGUAAGAAAAACAUCAGAAAGCCAGAUUUCGAUAUUAUUACGUAUUCUGACAAAUUAUGCCCAAAUAAUAACAACAACAAUAUCAUUUAGCUCAAACCAUCCAGACUUAUUAACUGAUGCACUGGUUCCUGUUAAAAGUGUAGGAGACUCUUCGACAGCCUUUAUGUCUUUUGACUGAUUCAUCACUGACUCAGAAGUGACUGGACCUUUCCCAUCAACAACAUUCUUGAAGCUAUUCAUUCUGAUCCCUUUACCCUUAGGAGUAUUUUUCAUUGUUACUCUGAUAUGGAUUAUCUUGUACUGCAUCAGAAAAAGUUGGAUUCCAGAUAUGAAAAGAUAUCUCAUCAUAUCUUUUAUUAGCGUCGUCUUCUUAUUACAUCCAAAGCUAGCACAAUCUGGGAUUGAUAUCUUCAGGUGCCUCAAAAUAAGCGAUGACGCUUACAAAGUCAGAAUUGAUAGUGAUAUUGAUUGAUACUCAAUGGAGCAUAUUAAAUGGUGUUUAAUUCUUGGAGGCCCAAUCCUAAUCUUCUGGGUGUCUCUUCUUCCGCUAAUUGCUCUAGUUCUCAUGUAUCGGAACGUAGGAGUUCCUGACCAGAACAACCAAGUACAGAAGUACUUCUUGAUACUGUAUCAAGGGUUGAAAUCAAAACAUUUUUAUUGGGAGUUUGUAAAUAGUGCAAGGAAGAUAGCUGUCCUAAUUGCAUUUUUAUUGCCAACAAGCAUUCAGAUUCUCUUUUCGGUUACUAUCCUUAUCUGAACCUGGAGGCUACAAUCAUAUUUCCGCCCUUACAAGAAUGAAGACAAUAACAAAAUUGAGAUGUUGGGAGUCAAUGUAGGAAUAAUCACAUUAUGUUGAGGAAUGGUCUUUAAUACUGCAGACGCCAAAGAUUCUUUGAAUUCAGUGUUGCUCAUAAUCAUGCUUGCUGUUAAUGUAAUAUUUAUAAUCAAGUGGAUGCAUCUGAUGGUCCAAACUCUUGCAGAGAGGUAUAAGUAUUGCCAAACACUUUCAAACUGCAUCUCAAGAUAUAUUUUGUUCAACAAAGUUCUGAAAGAAGAUAAUUUAAAAGAUAAAAUCAAAAAGAUUAGGAAAUAUCAAAAGAAAAAGCUGUUUAAAGUCAAAAAAGGGACUCGGGCUAAAAACAAGGCAAAAAAUUCCCAAAGAACCAAAAGAACCAAAAAUCGGCACCGAAAAAAAGCUUGACUACCAGGGAAUGAGCUCAAGGAAGACUCUGUUGCAGACACAUUCCGAGUUCAAAGAUUGCCAAAGUCUUUCGAUCGAGGAGCCCCCACUGGGUCAGACCAGAGAUUUGUCCACCCACAGGAUGAAAGCAGUGAGAGGUUCAAGACAUUCCUGAAGAAUAAGAAUGUUACUUUUAAUAAGGAACAACAUUCUCCCGACUCUGGUGAUUCGAGAGUCGACAGAAUUCUCCACAGAAAAGAGAUGCAACGAGAAAGUAUGGAUGUUGUUCCUGAUCUUGAGGAGCAAAUAGAGAUGAAGAGUUGAUCGAUAAAGCCCAAAGGGCAUCAUGAAUCUAGCAAGGACAUAAAAGUUCCAAUAUUGGAUGAUUUGAUGGAAGAAUUAUAUACUUCAUCGGACAAGUACAGCACCUUUAAGUUUCCUAUUAAGAGCAUGAAGGGAUCUGAAAAAUAGUUGUAGAUGAUCUCCCUCAGUAUAAAAUUCUUGAUAUAUAAUCAUUCAGCUAGCU